AUGGCUUCAAUGGAGCUCGCACUUGCAGCAUUACGUUCAGCGGAUCCUGGAGAAAAGCCUAAUAUUAGUUUGGUUGCAAGAACAUACGGCGUUAGCCAAUCGGGCCUUUAUAAACGUUUUCACGGCGUUACAGGCUCAAAAGAAGAGCAAUACGACAAGCAACGAAUACUCACCACCACGCAAUCAAGAGCGCUUAUAAAAUGGAUAAAUCAACUCACCGAGCGAGGCCUGCCCCCUACAAAUUCAAUGUUAGCGAACUUUGCAAGAGAAAUAUCUGGUAAAGAGCCUGGGAAAAACUGGGCUUCACGCUGGCUCAAGGCUCAUUCGGAUAAGGUGAUUUCUCGCUAUUCAACGGGCCUUGAUUCGGAUAGAAAAAAGGCAGAUUCGGCAUAUAAAUAUGCUUUAUAUUUUGAGCUUAUUGGACGGAAAAUACAGCAAUAUAACCUCGGCCCAGAGCAAAUCUAUAAUAUGGAUGAGAAGGGCUUCAUGCUUGGAGUAAGCACAAAACGGAAAAGAAUCUUUACUCGGCGCAAAUAUGAGCAAGGGGGCUAUAAGCAGCAUCUUCAGGAUGGAAAUCGAGAAUGGAUUACCACAAUUGGUUGUAUUUGUGCCAAUGGAACUGCUUUAGCGCCUAGUCUUAUUUAUAUGGCAAAAUCGGGCUUUAUACAGGAUUCUUGGCUUCAAGAUUACGAUCCCCAAACACAGAGAUGCUUCUUUGCAGCCUCAGAGUCAGGGUGGACUAAUAAUGAUAUCGGAUAUCGCUGGUUGGUGGAUGUUUUUGAUAAAGAGACAAAAUCUCAAGCAAGCCGGGGAUGGCGCCUUCUUAUCCUCGAUGGGCAUGGAUCCCACGUUACAAUGAAGGAUAGCCAAGGCUUCACCCGGCUCACUAAACGUGACUUUUUUCGCCUUUUUUGGGCUAGCUGGAAUGAGGUUUUUAUAAGCAAGAAUAUCAAUUCAGCAUUCAGAACGACUGGUCUAUAUCCCUUUGAUCCGGAGAUUGUUAUCAACAAAUUCAACAAGAAAAUCACCAGCCGGCCAUCCUCAAGCGAAUCCGGAGCUUCAAUUAUUCCUCCAGAAGAUUGGAGACGGCUUGAGAAGCUUGUUAAAACUGUUGUUAACAAUAUUUAUGAUGAAAAGGCUGUACAGCUUCGAGAAACGGUGUCACAUCUUUCUACUCAGCUUAUCUUGCUUCAAAAUGAGAAUCAAGGCCUGAAAAGAGCUCUCAUAAAUGCAAAGAAGCCUAAAAACAAGAAACAGCCUUUAUUACUAGGUUUACCAUCAGAACAAGAUGGUGGAGCGCUUUUUAUGAGCCCUACUAAGGUUCAGCAAGCUCGUGAUAUUAUUUCUCAAAAAAAUGACGAAGCCGCGCAGAAGCAGGCUCAUAAAGAUGAUAAAAAGCUUCAACAACAGCUUAAAAAGCAAGCUAAAGAUGCCGAAAAGGUUAAAAGAGCUCAAAUCCGACAAGAAAAACGUGAGCAGCGUGAGCAAGAGGCUGCGGAAAAGCAACGGCUUAAGGACGAGCAAGAAUUGGCUAAGCUAGCUGAUUUACAGCUUCAAAAUGAUGUUAUAUCAACUCCAAAGGCUUCAAAAAAACCCACAGAGCAAAUUUCUAGGCAAGCAAAGCCAAGAGUGCAACCUGAGGCUCAUGUGGAGGAUAAUGAGGUGGUUGUUACUACAAACCGUAGGGGCCGCGCGAUACGGCCCCCUGUACGUUUUCGCGAUUAA